GCUUCAUGGACGGGUGUGCUUGAGGGAUCAGCUGAUUGUUAUGUCACACUACACAUACCAGGGCACUGUUUAGAAAUUUAUUUUCAAUGGAAUAUUUACGACCAAAGUGCAUAACCUGUUCUUUUCCGAACCCUUCAACAGAAGCACGGUGUAUUGCAUCACUGGCAAAGUUUCGUCUGCUGUGUUGACGAAGGAAGGUCUGGAGAGCCUCUCACGCUCGUCCCGGUAACCUACAUAUAUCUCAUCACACUAAUUACUGGACGACCUCUACUGGAAGCAAUGGUGACAAAGAGAAGACUGAAAACUGUUGAAUGGAAUGUCAUAGAAAAAGCUCUUGCGUGGUCAUGAAAAUGAGCAAGAAAAAAGAACAUGUCAAUUAACAAGAAUAAGUGCUUGAUUAUUUUUAUUCUUGUAUAAUAGUAUUUUCUGUAUAGUCAUUUGAUGGCACUAAGAGCCAUAAUAUAAGAAAAUACUUAUAUUUUGUCAUUAUUUAGUUUUUACAGACAAGGAAUACAAUAAUCUCAAUGAAGUGGAGUUCUAUACUAAUAUUCAAAACAUAGGUCAAUAUUUUGAAUUUAUUUGUCUGUAAAUUUACAUAAAAAAUAUAUUUAUGUUACAUGUAGAAUUUUAUCAUAAAGCCAAGAAGUAGAAUUGAUUAUAGUGUAAAACUGGAAAAUCCUCAUGCUUGUUACUACUCCAAAAACCAUGGAGUCACUUGGUGUGCCAAACAUUGACAGCAGCAGUGGUUACAUUCGCACCAUUGAAUGGGAUAUGAUGAACAAACACAAGUUUUUCCCAUUGUCCAUGCUGAGCUCAUUUUCAGUAAGGUGCAUGCUGUAUCCUUUCACUCUCAUAAAGACUCGUAUCCAGAUCCAGAAGCGCUCUGAAGUUUACAAAGGGACCUUUGAUGCAUUCCAAAAGAUAGUGAAACAUGAAGGUGUGAGAGGUUUAUAUAAAGGGUUUUGGAUGAGUGCCUUCCAGCUGGUGUCAGGGAUAUGCUACAUUACAACAUAUGAGAAUGUCCGUCACUUCCUACAGCAACGCGGAGUCAAAGAUUCACAAGUCAGGGCAUUGGCUGGGGGUGCAUGUGCCUCCUUGGUUGGGCAAACCAUCAUAGUUCCCUUUGAUGUCAUAUCUCAACACAUGAUGGUGCUUGGACAAGUAGAGAGUCAUGGAAGAUCAAAGGUGGUCGUUAACCCUCUUAAAAUUAACUACCAUGGUCGCACGAAACCACAGAUUGCAUUUGAUAUUGUACAGAAUGUUUACAAGAUGGAUGGUUUGAAGGGAUUUUACAGAGGUUACUUGGCCUCCAUAAGUGCCUAUGUGCCAAACUCAGCACUGUGGUGGUCAUUUUAUCACUUUUAUCAAAAUCAACUGGCUCGCUUCUCACCAGAAGGUACCUCCACUCUGCUUUUGCAGUGUAUAGCAGCUCCAUUAGGAGGUGUUACAACAGUAUUGCUCACAAAUCCUCUGGAUAUUGUGAGGGCUCGACUGCAGGUACAGAGGGCAGGAAAUUUUGGCCACACAUUUAAGAUACUUUGGGCAGAGGAACAGUUUGGAAUUUUCACAAAAGGUCUCUCUCCUCGGCUCUUCCAGUCAGUCAUUUUCUCUUUUACCAUUAUUCUUGGCUAUGAAUCUGUUAAAAGAUUCUCUGUGAAUGAGGAAUACAAGAAAGAAGUUAAAUGGUGAAUGAUAACCACAUGUAAUUAACUAUUGUACAUAAUCAUAAGAUAAAACACAGUUAAGGAUGACUAAACUCCAUUUGGACCAUGGUGAUUAUUAUGGCCAGACUGGUAACAAGUGCCCUAUGAUGAGUGUCCUGUCAGGAGCUUGAUCUGCACCCACUCCCUCUUAUGGCUUGCCCUCUUUAUAUAAAUCUCCAGGCUCCUCAAAAUUUUUUAUUUUUUCAAAAUCUUUUGUAUUUCAGCAUGUACUUUUUUCAUAGCAAGUUAAAGAUAAAUCUUGGUUUUCAAUCAUCAUUAUUAUUUUUUAAAAUUCUGGUUUUGUAUAAUGUAUAUUAUGGAGGAGUGAGGAUUGAUUAACUGAUCCUGGAGACAGGUUAAAGACAGCAUAACCGUGGACAAAAUUUUAUCAAAUAAUAUUGGUGGUUUGGGGAAGUAUUUAGCAACCAAUGAACUAUCAUAUUAGGCCUUUGGUGCACCAAAAUUUGGAGUAACAUAUUGUAUAGUGUACUGUAUCCAUAUAGUAGUAAAUUAUCACUAUAUUGUCUUUUAUGGUGUUAUUAUAUUUCUGAUUAAAUUUUGUUUUUCUAAUAGAUUUCAGCCAUUUCUGUGCUUGGAAUUAUGUAGGUAGACAAAUUCUGUGCUACUUUAUUAUUUUAAAAUCCUUAAUACAAAGAAUAAAGGAACAUCUUCAAUUAUUUUUAAUCAAACCCAGCUUCUCGAACUGGUCCCAAACACUUUUUCUCCUCCAAUUAUUGUAAACAGUACACUAAAAUAGCUGCAGAUUUCACCAAUCUUUGUAUAGUUUUUAGCAUCAGGCCCCUUCAUGUGCACCCGACAUUGUCCAUCACAUGUUACUUGUCAAGCAAGAGUUCAUUGUAAGGACUCCAGUGAUGUAAGACAGUAAAACUGUAAAAGUUGAACUCAAGCUCACUAAAUUUUGUUCAGUAUCAUGGCACCUUGAUAUGUGAGGGAAUGCUUGUGGGUGUGAUUACCAGUGCAGUGUGUCAGUGUGUAUGGUUGUGGUGUCCUGUCAUAGCUAUUCAUCCUUCACAGGGAUAUCAACCUGGUAUAUCAAUAGAUGAUAUAGUAGUCUUAUUUACAAAUAAUUCUGUUUUUAAAAUAAAGUUAUUCAUAUGGGUUUCAAAAUGUGCACUAGCUUUAAUAAAUAAAUAGUCAGACUGACAAAAUAUUUCAAACAAGUGAUUUGUGGAGUGUGCUGAAUGUUUUCAUCUCUGCAGACCAGUGACCUUACAUAGUCUUUCAUUAUUGCUGUGUUAUAGCAGUUUUGUUACCUUCUCUCUAUUAUUUCAAUAUCUUGGUGAGUAUCUUCACCAUUCUCUUUAAUAAUAUCUAUCUCCCAAGUUUUAAAUAAAAAAUAUGUGAAUCCAGAAUCUUCUAAGUCAUGUGACAUAAUAUAUUCCUGUAUCCUUUAGUGAAGCUUGGCACCAGACCUUCAUGGUUUACAUCUCUAUGGUUUCCAAGAAAUCCAAGAACACUGCAAGAUGCACAUCAUGCCUUUUUUCUUUGUUUUACCUGACUUAUAAUUGUAACCCGGUAAUGUUUGAUGAAAGUGAAAAACCUGGAGCUUUAUUUUGCAUCAUGAAUAUUUGCACUCUUCCAUCUAUCUAUCUAUAUACCAGACUAACAUCCUUCUCAAAGACCACGGUACCUACAACAAAAUGUCAUGCUGUCUUAUUGUUUGAAUAAAGAUAAAGAGGAGCAGCCCCCCGUCAUAAACAGAGAAAAAAUUGAAGCAAACCGAAAUUCAAAGGUUUUGUAUAAAAUACUUAGUCAGGGAUGAUAUAUAAGUAGAUGUUUGAGUUUGUGAAAUGCCCUUGCAUAAUUAGAUGACAAUUUUUUUGAGUAGGUUGUACAGUAUUGUGUAGUGAAAUGCGUGUGAUUCUGGGUUCUGGAAUGAAAUAUGCCGUGCUUGUAUUGUGUGACUUGAUGAAUAGGAACUGAUUGUUGUUUGGAAGAGAAUUUUUGCAAAUGAUCAGCACAAAUUAACAUUAAUUGCUGUUGUACAAAGUCUACUUUAUUAAAGCUAUUUUUAUUUUUUAUAUUAAAGUACAUAAAUGUGUGUGCUGACACCUGAUAGAAUUAGAGGAAUUCUUUUUUUUUAUAGUUAAAAGUCUGUAAGAACCAAACAAUGUCAAGUGAAAUGAUAUAUGGGUGAUCUUCAUCAUUCACUAAAGUUUUGUAUCUUUCUCCCAUCUUGUAAUAUGUGCAAAUUGUGGUUAUAAUGAUGGAUACCAGUGAUUUGUUCCCUUUCUAUGUAAGAAAUCUUUUGCCAUUAUCUUUCCAUCCCAUCCCUGCACACUCCACUCCACUUGCACAUUUGUGGUACACACACACACACACACACACACACACACACACACACCCUUGUGGCUCAGUGGUAAAGGGGCCGAAUCUGUGUUGGCCACUAUGGCUGGCACAAGUUUAAACCCCACUAGGGGCUGGUCAUCUCUGGGAUUUUUCCACUGACAAGUGGGGCAGUUACUGUCUCCCCUGACCAGGGGAAUGGGAUGUGUGGUGGGUGAUGUCACAGUCUUAGCAAAUGAUUGGUAAUAAUGAGCUCUGAGCUUGCACUAAGAGGGUAAUGGUUGGUGGUUGCGGGUCUGCUCAUGAUCAGGUCUUGGUGAAUUACCCCUCCUCCCAACUCUCUCUCUCUCUCUCUCUCUCUCUCUCUCUCUCUCUCUCUCACAAAUAUUUAAUUGCAUAUCCUUUAAGAAUCCAAUUAAUUAUUCAAACCAGACACAGCUGAAAACUUGACAUUACAUGUAACAUAUAUGCAUUUCAGUGAACAAAAUAUUGUGUUGGAUAUGUAGUGCAGCAAGCCAUUUUCAAAACAGGCUGGUGCCUCAAGAAGAAUAGAAUACAGGAAUGAAAUGGAAAAGGAAUGAGAUGCCCAAGUCCAAAGAGUCCAAAAAUACCUAUCAGGAAUUUGUGUUGAAGGUCGUAGAUACCAAACAGCAUCAAUACUUGAAUGGUGCCCUGUUCACUUGCCAAGAACAAAUGUAGGACAAUUCUGGUAUGUCCCAGCACCAGUCUCUCCCUCUCACUGGGAAAAGUCUUGUCCUGCAGUGAACUUAUAUAAAGACUUGAGGAAAUGUUUCAAGUUGUGAAUUAGUCAGGUUACCAAAGAAAACUUCAAAAUAAUUAAUGGAGACUGAGACUACAUCACACACACCAAAAAAGCAAUCAGUUAAUUAUUUCAUUUAUAUAAGUACUUAAAAAAAAAAAAAAAACUUAUAUAGGCACCUUACAAUUGCCCUCAUAUGUGAAAUAUUUCUCAACGUUUAAAUUAAGAUGGUGCUAUCUGGUCAUACUUGCGACGUUUACCACAAACGGUUCCAUUUUUACAUGUCCUAUUUCUGUGAAAUAGUAUUGUAUUUUUACACGUACACUUUUCUUUCUCUUACAGUCAUACAUUUUGCAUAUUUUGUUUUUAUUUACUUUUAUCUAUUAAUUAGUUAUUUAAUUAAUGUACCAAUUAUGUAAUAUUUUGAGCUUUGCAGUUUUGAAGGCUAGAGUGAUGUGACAAGGGUAUAACACAAUCAUGAUGACAAGAAACUAAAAUUGUAAGCUUAUUUCCAUUGAAGAUAGCAGUCUUUCCUUUCCAAAGUGUUUUAGAACAUUUGCCAAUUUAUAAACUUGUCAUUGUUAUUUCCUUUAUUAUUGUUCGCAUGAUGAAAGGUGAAUUGUUUUGAUGUAUUCAGGAAUCUGAACAUUUUUGGCAUUGCAUUAUUUUUUCCACAAACAUUCAUGACCCUGAAAAGUGUUAUUAUCUACUAUGAAGGAUUGUUAAGUGCUUACUUUAUGAUGUAUAUUAUCUUAAAGGUUUCCUUAUUUUUCAGUUUUAUGAAAAAUAUAGGAAAUUGAAAUUAACUAGCCAUAAUAUGACUAAAUUUAGUUGUAUACAUGUAGUAGCUAAAGGAAUUGUAUAUGAAGAAAGAUCAUGAAGAUGAAAUCAAUAUACCUACUCAGCUGGUCAUUAAUUUAAAAAUGAGAUUAAAUAUUUGUUUUCUUGAAGCUUAUGUACACAUUGCAAGCCACCCAUGUUACUUCUCAUCCAUGUUUAUAACUGCUUUAGUGCAGGCAGUGGAACAUCAACAUGUUUGUAGGGAUGUUAGUUUAUAGUAUAAAAGGACUGUGUCAAACUAGAAAUAAAUUUAGUUAAUUAUGAGAAAAUUUUAUUCAUAAAAAAAAAAAAUAUUAAACUUAAUUCCAUAGUAGGAUAUGAUGAACUGUACAAGACAUGACUAAAUGUUGUCAGUUUAUAGCUAGAAUCCAGAAAGAUGAAAGCUGUAUUGAUAGCAUGUGUACAACAGAUUAUAGAAAUUAUUUAUCUUUCCAUUUUCACAUCAGUAAAUAAGUUGUCCUUAUGUAUAUGUAUCCUCAUUUUAAGUCCAAGCAUAUCACAUUUUGCAGUAUGCACCACUUUUUGGUCUUUCUUCAAGUAUGAUGCUUUAUGUAUGUAUAAGACACUUAUGAAUGUUAAUGUGGGUAAAAUAAUAUAGUUUUAGUAUUUACUUGCAGGUUUGAGUAAGUCAUGAAAGUAUGUACAUACAUAUUUAAACAUAUAUUUCCAAAACUAGGUAAUCCAUAACUGAGUUUUUGUCAGUUCUGUGUUUUUAUCAUUGUGCUGAUGUUACACUUUUUUUUUUUUUUCAGUGUAUAGAAUUUUAUUUUCUUACACAUGUAAAAACAACACAAAAUGCAGUGUUAAAAAUUAUCCUCCAAACGGGAUAAAAAAUAAUCUUUUUAAGAAGUUAUACAUCAGUGAUUUAAAAUAAAUAUAGCAAAUAAUACCACAGGUACAUUUGUGAAGUUACCAGGAGCAGCAUUUAUGUAAAAAAAAGAGAAAAAAAAAAUCAAGUUGCUGAC